UCGUCGAGUCUCGUUUCGUGCUCUCGUUCGCGUUGCCUGCUGCGCCUGCUGCUGCCGUUGUGGUGGUAGGUAGUGGUGGCCUGUGUGUGAUAUUUGGCUAACGCCAGCUAACGCCAUCGGUGAAUCGGAACUCGACCCUCCUUCCCCACCCAACGACAAGACGGCAGCGAGGAAUUUUCGCUGUAGCCCUCCUCACGCCACCAUUCCCAUGACUCCAAAAUGACUGUGGACUUCCGCGACUACUUCUGGGGAGAAAAGAACAAUGGAUUUGAUGUGCUGUACCAUAACAUGAAAUAUGGCUAUCUCGCGGCCAAAGACUUGGCGGAGUUCUUCCGCGAGAGGUCCUUGGUGGAGGAGUCCCACUCGAAGCUGCUGUCGAAGCUUGCCCGCCAGGCAGCCGGCUCCUGCUCGACGGGCACCUUCGGACCCCUAUGGGGGGUGCUGCGCUCCACCUCCGAAAAGCUCUCCUCGCUCCAUGCACAGAUGGUGGCGCAGCUGCAAGACCUGGUCCGGGAGGUGCAGCGCUACUGCGAGGAGCAGCACCGGCGGCACAAGCAGGUGAAGGAGGAGGAGGCGCCCACGCUAGAGGUGGUGCAGGGCCUGCAGCAGACGACGGGAGCAUUGGCCAAAGCCCGCGAGGCCUACGCUGCCCGAUGCCUCGAGCUGGAGAAGCUCAAGCGGGAGUCCUCGCCCAAGGACCUGGACAAGGCUGAGGCCAAGGCGCGCAAGGCAUGCGAGGAGUACCGGCAGCUGGUGGAGCGGCAUGGCGUGGUGCGGGCGGACUUCGAACGGCGCAUGGCCGGAUCGUGCCAGCGGUUCCAGGAGCUCGAGGUGGGCCACCUGCAGCACAUGAAGGAGUUCCUGGCGGGAUAUGCGCGUGUCCUCGACAGCAGCCACGCCCUUGUGGGGCAGGUGCACGCCGAGUUCCGACAGCAGUGCGACGCCCUGGACAUCGAUACGUUACUGCGGCAGUUUGCAGCCGCUCGCCAGACGGGUUCUGAGAAGCCAGAGGCGAUCACCUUCGAGGAGCCCGACCCGAGCCUGCAGCUCACGCCGACGAACGCGGCCACCACAGGCUCGCCGCCGUUCUUCACGACGUCCACACCCGCGCCAUCUGCGUCCGGCUCUGAGAAUGGGCCCGUGCUGCCGGCCGACUUCUGCCCGGCGUCGGCAGCGGCAGCGGCGCCGUCUUCGGCUGCCACCAAUGGUCCGCAGGCGCCGGCGGCCAAGAAAGAAGGUAAAGGGCGGCGUCACCGCGCCAUGUCUCUCCUGGACCUGUUUUUUUUCUCUCCGUCCCUGUCGGCCACGAAAACACCGGCCCCUUCUCCUCCCCCCGCCGCCAACAACAACAUCAACGCCACUGCCACCGCCACCACCACCACUGCACGUCAUGCUGCUCCCACCGCGGGCGCAGGGGUCGAUGCCAACGGCAGCCAAGCCAACUCCACAGCCGCUCCCAAGAGAGAGUCGCUUGCCCGAACCUCGCUGCGAUCUUCUAAAUGGUUUUUGAGGACCAAGUGGGAGCGGCAGAAAGAAAAACGCAAGCGCAAGAAGGAGAUGUCUUCCAAGGACGCGUCGACCACAAGUGGAGAGGCGCGGCCGCCUGGGUGGCGCUCGCUCCUCAGGGCACGAGCCGCUCUGGGCCGAGCCGGCGGCAGUGGCACCCUGCACGAACCGUCGCCGCCCUGCGAACGUAGCGCGCUCCGGCGGCUCUCGGUCGAGCAGCCUCGAGCCACCUCUGACCUCGAUUCACUCUUCCACGUGCCGGUCUCCACGGCAGCCACAGCAACCACCUCGGUGGCGCCGGUGCCCACCAGAGACAGCAAGGAAUCUGAAGAGCAGAAUGCCGAAGUCGACGAAGAAGGUUACACUGUACGGCCAUCAUCGGAGCGUCACAAAGAAAAUGACAGAGACAGUUUUUACUCAAGUUCAGACGGCGAUUCAGACGAUGAAGACCGCGACCGAAGGAUCCACAUAGAAAUCAAGCCCCUGAGCAAUGGGGCGCCAAUGAGUGCAAGUGUCGACGAGCUGCGCGCCACUAUUGGCUCACUAUCACUGUCACCGAUUCCCCAGCACUCUAGUCGGAGGCCAGAAACGCUGUACAUCAGGCACAAGGCACGGAGAGCGUACAACAGCGCCUCGUCGACACCAGACGAAGCACCCAAGAGGCCAGUAAAUCAAAGUUCAAAGGACAGCGCCGGCAUGGGCAGCGGCACGGAAGCCGACAUGCUCGGCUUAUUUCCACUGGACACGAGUGCAUCAACGCCCACCACGCGACUUCAAAGUCCACUGGGCCAGGGUGAGCCCGCAUCACAGCCUUCCGCGUCGAGCAGUGUGCCCUCCUGGGACCGAUAUGCAGCAUUGAGCGACUUGUUCAACGACAAGGCACCGGCAGAGUCUACGAGUUCGGAGGCGAGCAAAGGAGCGACCACUAGCAGGGGAGGAACACCGACAAGUGCCUUCACGGGGCCUGCGCUACCAAGGCCACCAUCUAGACGAUCGGAGGCCGUGCGGGGUCGGGCGUCGCCGCUGCCCAUGAGCCGGACAGAGAGCGUGGGAAGCCUGAGCAGUGACUUCAAGACAACGCCCAUGCCCCUGGGUUCGUCACGGGGCCCCUCACCACUCACGAUUGGCCUGUGCGACUCUAUACCGCUGGCUGUCGCCUUCCAGGAAGUGGUGCAUGCUCGCUUCCGAGGGACUGACGAGACGCUCUGCCAGGUGAAGCUUCUGGGUGACAUGAAGGUGUCCUUCCCGGCUGGCAUUGUACAUGUGCUGACAAACAACCCAUCGCCAGCAGCGCUAACGUUCAGGGUCAACACUGCCCGCUUUGACAACGUUCUACCCAACAAGAACCUCGUUACGUUAGAUGCGAGUCAGUCGACGAGCGACCGGUGCGUGUAUGAGUUCAACAUGUCGGUGCUCACGGGCCUGCUGCGGCGGCAGCACGAGCAGACGCCCUCGGCGUCCUACUUCAACAUCGACAUCCUCAAGUACCACGUGCGGGCGGGGCCCGGUGCACGGUCGGCGCCCCUGCAUCUGGUCGCCUUCUGGAAGACGCAGGAGGACAACACUGACCUCAAGAUUGACUACGAGUACAAUGCCAAGGCCCUGAGCCUGCCGGCGGGCACAGGACCAACCGGGGUGGGACCCGCGUCGGCGAAUCCGGCCCCAUCGGCACCGGGGCUUCCACCGCUGACGGGACUGUGCCUGGGCGUGCCCAUGGACGGCGGGGUAACAAGUGUGCAGGCCAAGCCCCCAUGCGUGUGGAACGGGGAGACUCAGCGAGCCCUGUGGAGGCUCAAUGACCCAUUGGGUGGGACGGCGGGUGGUCAGCGGGGCGGGUCCCUGCUGGCACGCUUCGCCCUGACGCGGGGUCCCUCGACACCUCGCCCCCUGGAGGCGCGCUUUGUCUGCGAGGGAGCCACUCUGUCCGGUGCCAGCUUUGAGCUGAUUGGCCAGGGCUAUCGCGUGUCUCUAGUCAAGAGGCAAAUAUUGUCGGGCAAGUACCUAUGCGAGCCGUGACAUUUGCCCGCGACGGCGAUGACGGGCCGUCCCCUGCCACCUGUCCCCGCCUCCCCGCCGUCAAGCCCCGACGAACAAGACAGCAGCGCUCCGCAACCGACCGUGGCGGAGGCGGUGGCGGUGCCGCCCGUGCCGGUCGCUGGUCCGACCGACGAGCGCGUUGCCACGCCGCCUCCGCCCUCCUUCGACCCCCCUCCGCCCCCUCUCCCCGUUCUCCAUCGGAGAUCCUCCUCCCGCGAUGUCCUCCAGCCUCCCGUCCCUCAAACCCGAGUCCCCGCCCCCGAAGCUCCGCCUCCCGCCUCUCAAACCCGAUGCCCCGCCCCCGAUGUCUCGUCCUCACCCCAGCAGCAGCAACAGCACCAGGCCUCGCCUCCACCCAUAUUCGCACCAGCCCACAUCUCGGCCCUCACAGUCACCGUCGUCGCAGCCAGCGUCUUCUGCCUUGCCCUGCAAAUUGUGGCGCUCUGGCGACGUAGCAGUUAGUAGGUCCCGACGAAGAAGAAAACCUGCACGAAGCCGCCACUAGAGGGAGGGACGAAGAACAGGCAGACUUUUUGGCCCUUCUCGACGUUUCUUCACACACGUACCGCGAUGAGAGGGAGUUUGAUGGAAGCAUACGUGUCCUCUCAUAGACAGAAAUUCGAAGCGAACGCUCUUGCGUCUCUUCGCUCGUAAAAAAAAAAACGGCAUCGCGCCCAUCCUAUUCCAUGCCAAGGAGACUACCUCUGGAAGGUGCCCGCGGUACACUAUGGUUGUGGUAGAUGCUUGUUGGAUAUUGACCUUUCUCUCCGACAUAGCGCAAGCCAGAACUUGUUUUUUUGCCGAGCGGUGGCAGCGGUGGUAGCGGUGGCGGCAGCAGCGCAGAUGCGACCGGCUUUUCCUAGCAAUCGACGUGCAAAAGUAGUUUUUUUUUACUUUCUUUCUUGUAUUCUUGUCGCUGACAGUGUAAUAUACUGCCCAACGGUCGCAUCCGCACUGCUGCAUUUUUCCCCAUGCAUUGUGUAUGUACAUAGAGAGGAUAUUUUUUAACGACGCUCAGCGCUUUUUUUUUUUUUUUUUCGUUUAUGCCUCCUGUGUGCUUUCGCCCAUGUUCUGCCUGCCGUCUGCCAGUUACCGUUGCAGACGACGUGCGUUAGCAGACUAAUUAAUUACCGCCGUAGUUACCGUUGCCACCGCAGCUGCUUCGUCUGCGUCUUUUUCCCGCGUGAACUUGUAAAUAUCGCAGAUUUAAAAAAAAAAAAAAUCUAAGAGUCACCGCCUCAAGAACAGCCUGAGCCUGCUGCGUGCUCUUUCUUUCAGUCCUUCCCCCUUUUAAUUAAAAAAAAUAUCGCGUCGCUUCUUCGGCAAGUAUUUUGUUUGCUCUAGCCUUUAUUUUUUUAUUUUUUGGAAUGAAUGCGUUGUUUAAAUGUACCAUCUGUUGUUGCUUGACAUUUGUCUAACCAUAAGUAUAUACAUAAAUAUAUACAUUAUAUAUAUAUAUUAUAUAUAUACACACACUGUUGUUGAUUUGAUGGAAUGCUUUGCUUUACAUGAGCUACAAAAAAGUGAAAUCUCUGAAAAACAGCUUGUGGAGGACGCAAUAAAAUUGCUGCCUUGCAGAGCAA